ACGAAUACCUACUGUUCCUGAACGCAUUCUUGAUGCACCGGGUAUGAUAGAUGAUUAUUAUUUAAAUCUGUUGGAUUGGAACGUUAAGAACAUGUUGGCCAUUGGACUUGAUCAGAAUGUUUACGUCUGGAACGCCGAUACUGGAGAUGUGAGAACUAUUGCUCAAACAGAAGCUAAUGAUUAUAUUUCUAGUUUGUCAUGGUCUCAUGAUGGUGAAUAUUUGGCUGUAGGAACAAGUGAUGGAGAUACUCAAAUAUGGGACAUCUUGAGAGAACAAAAAGUUCGAUCAAUGGCAGGACAUACUGCUCGCGUUGGUGUUAUAACUUGGAACAAAUAUCUUGUUUCUUCCGGUUGUAAAGAUGGCAGCAUUUGGCAUCAUGACACUAGGAUCGCACAACAUAGAAUCGCAGAACUACUAGAUCACGCAAGUGAAGCUGUUGCAUGGUGCCCAUGGAAAAAUAACCUUCUUGCUACGGGCGGAGGUUCAUUUGACCGCCAGAUCCACUUCUGGAAUACAAGUUCAGCGGCCCGUCUCAAAUCAAUUGAUACGGGAUCUCAAGUUACUUCAAUAAUUUGGUCAAAAGAAUAUCAAGAACUCUUAUCUACACAUGGAUUUCCAGAACACCAUAUGUCUAUUUGGUCUUAUCCUAAAUGUCGAAAGAUUAUCGACAUUCAAGCUCAUGAUACUCGUGUUUUACAUUCAGCCAUGAGUCCUGAUGGACAGGUAGUGGCUACAACUGCGAGUGAUGAAAAUUUGAAAUGUUGGAGAGUUUUUCAAAGUCAAAACAAAAAUGAUAGAUCUAAAAGU